AUGGACCUCGCCCCGCGAAUCGCGGCUAACGGCACAACGACCAAACCCGAAGAAAACGACGAGUACGGGGGAGUGGAGGAGGAGGAAGAGGAAGAGGAGGAGGAAGGGGGAGAAGCUGGUGAAGAGGGCGAAGAGGUGGAAGGGGAGGAAGGGGGAGGCGGGAACGCGGCAAGAAAGGGUUCAGCGCCUGUAAUGGUGUGGUCGGGGCGGGUGUUUGCGCUGCACGACGUGUAUGUGAACAACAAGGGGCAAGUGUUCAACGCCACUCACGUCUUCAACCCCAACGGCUGCUACGCCGAAGACAAGUUUCACUACGAGCCAGGCACGCGAGUGUCCUCCUACAACUCGCUGGUCAACCUGCUGGUGAUCGGCGGCACGCCCGGCGCGAGGGUGCCGUUCCACGAGAUCCUGGAGCUCGUGCCGCUCUUCCUGCCGCUCUCCCGCGUGCUCAAGAAGCACGGCAAGCCCGCCCUCGUCAUGCGCGGCAAGAAGCUGCCUCGAGUGGUGGGCAUCACCAUGGGUCGCAUGCUCUCCUUUGGGGAUGCCUCUCGCCUCCUCUUCGUGCGUACACUCAUCCAACCCACAUUCCAGCACUGUCAGCAGCCCAGCCCCUCCCUCUGGUCCAAGCUCCGCGCCUCCCACUUCCUGCAACCCCGCGGCCUGCCCCUCCUCAACCCUGACUGGUCCGAGCGCCUUCCCCCCACCUCCCCCAAGACCCGCUCUCCCCCCACCGCCAUACCCCCCUGGGAGACAAGUGGGGUGAAGGAGGUGAUAGUGCUGGAGCCACCAGCAGCAGUGCAGGUGAAGGGGUUUGCAGGAAUAGUGGCGGGGUUGAAGGGGAAGUUUGGCGCCGAGCAUGUGAGGCUGGUGGGGCGGUUCCAGAGGGAUGAUGCCCGCGAUUUGUUUCCCCGGGCCGCGCUUCUUGUCAGCGUCACGAGCCCGUUCCUCGUCAACCUCGCAUUCCUGCCGCCCCGCGCCGCCCUGCUGGAGCUCCGCCCGCCGCCCGCUGAGGUGGAUGCGGUCAUCGCUGACUCAGUCGCCAGCCUGGCAGCCGCUUGCCAGAUUCACCACCGCGUGAUCCGAGGAAUCUUCGUGGAAGGAGCAGCAGGUGGGGGAAAAGGAAAAGGGGCAGAGGAGGGUGCAGGGAAGGGUGUGGUGGAGUGGAGGAGCGGGGCAGUAGAGGCAGCAGCGAUGUUUCUAGCUCGAGUGGUGGGCAAGGCAUUAACGGCCGAUGAGAAAGUGGUAGAGGAGGCGGUUCUGACAGCUGCCGACCGGCGAAUGAGAGCUGCACAGCUGGCGCAGGCAUCCACCAGUAAAAAGCCGCUCAUUCCCGGCACGCAGAUCCAAUCUCUGCAGUCCGCCGCCCGCUUCCGGCGCUGGCUGCGGUGCGUGAGUCAGCGCGGGCGGUGGGCAUACAACGCCACGCCGCGUAUCCUCCCUUGGGAGUACCUGGGUACCAUGAACCUGUGCGAUCACCGGCACCAGGAGACAACCGGGGGGCUCGUGACGAAAAAAGCCGACAAGUAUGUGAUGGAGGGCGGCGCGUCGGGCGGCUGGAGCGUGCGCGAGUCGCUCAAAUACGAGUGGAGAACGCCGCCCGGAAAGUGCCCGAUUGGCCCGCUGAGGCAGUUUGAUGGGGAUAGGUUUUGCCGAAAAGCGGAGGGGCGGAAAGGCGGGCUGAACCUGCUGUUUCUGGGGGAUUCUCUGGCGCAUCAGAUGGUUGUCAGCUUCCUCAACGGCCUUCUCAGACACAUUCCCAAACCUGCCGUGUGGGCUGUCAAUGAAACGAUUCCCCAGGAGUGCUCUGAUUGGCUGGUGGAGCCCCCAAGGCAUGCCUACUGCCGAGUGUACACGUUCAAUGAGAGUGUUUGUCCCGGCCUCAAGGUUCAAUUCGUGAGGAAUGACCAUCUGUGGUUUACUUCGCCUGGAGAAGCCAAGUUUGACCACAUUCCGUGGCACUUGUACUCUGGGUUGAAGGAUGCUGAUGUGGUGGUGGUGAAUCGAGGCGCACAUUUCAUUGGAGGGAAGGAUUUCGAGAGGAGUGUGGCGGCUGCCCUGGGAUUUCUUCGCAAGAAGCUGCCCGACGCGCUGAUUAUCUGGAGGAAUACCCCACCCGGGCAUGCCAACUGCACGACGUACAUUGGGCCCAUCAAGAAGCGUCAAAAUCCGGAAAUUCUGCCAUUCCAUUGGGACAUGUUUACUCGUCAAAACAAUAUGGUUCGGGGCAUGAUGCAUGAUGUGGGAGCAGUGUACAUGGAUGUGGACACUGCUACAGCGUUGAGACCAGACUCGCAUAAAGGCUUUGUGGAAGAAAGGGGGAUCCUAGACUGCCUUCACUAUUGCACGCCUGGUCCGACAGAUAUGUGGGUGGAGCUCCUAGCUGAUAUUAUAUUGCGUGGAGUGUACGGGGAUGGGCUUGCUACCGUAAGCGUGAUGUGA